AUCAUCCCCAAUAUGCCACCUCACGAUUAUUAUCAAGCCGUACGUGAACAUCGCUUACCCGGAUCACUGGACAUCAAAACGCCAGUGACUGUCCUAGAGAGAACCAGUAAGAGAGAACACUUCCAAUGUGACACAGUAAUACAGUUGACUUCAGCCAUGCGAUGUCACUGGAGAAGGCAUAUACAAUCACGGAAUCGCCCGAAGUCAUAAACAACGGCACCAUUCAAGUGUGUACGUCGUCGCUGUCAGAUACUACUGUGCACCAAGUGGUACCGAGUGAGAUCCUGCCUGCAGAUAACCACUGUUCGGCACUCCUGGUAUCGGAGGAUCAUGCUUUGGCUACUCCGAACACGGUGACGAUACCCUUCGGAGCUCCAUUAUUCUUGAUAACCCCUGUACCAUUACAGUUCGUUUCUGAAUCGACAUCUUCCGCAUCGUUCACUGCAAUCACAUCAUCAAGCUCGGGAUGUGUGCAGUCUCAUAAAGAGGAGCUGUCCUUCUCCUGUCAGCUAGGUGAUGCACAAGAGUAUGUACAGGAAGACAAUGUUCCAAUCCAGAACAACCUGGAGAUAAGCACUACGGAAUGGACAAGCACUGCAGUGAUGACAGAGGUGCAAACACAUGACGCCACCACGUCAACCUCCGCACCACCACCUUGCACCAUCCAUGCGGAAGGGAAGUCCAGCGCGGACCUUUCAGUAAUUCGUAAAAAACUACUGGACACCGUGCUGGAUAGUCAACGGAAAAUGUCAACUGAUAUAGCGGCAAUGAAGAAUUCCAUUCGCACUUGCUCCGAAGUGGUUAAUCGUAGAGAAAUGAACACCUCAUUGCCACUCCCGGUGACCACGGUGGAUGCAUUGAGAGAGUUUGAUGAUUCCCUCAAGGAUCCAAAACAAAAGCAACAAUUGGUGAACUAUCUAAAUUUCGUACACGGUUUGCAUGUCAAAGAGGCGGCCCGCCAAAUGAUGGACCGUAUAUUGACACGCUCCGUGGCAGCAUCAAUCAACUUCUCCGGAGCUCAUGAUACCUUCUCUUUCCGCAAAACAAUACUUUAUUCCGUGUUAAACG